CUAAGAAUACCCGUAGUAAAUUUUCAAAUAGUAUUGUGGCUUCUAUAUGUCCUAUUCCAUGAGAACUAUAAAUUCCAUUAACAAAGUCCUUGAGAUCAAAGUUAUAUAUGAAUUUUCCAGUGUUUUCAUUUUCUGUGUAUUCAGACAUAUGGCACGUGAUCCGGUAACAUUGGUAUCACAAGUAAAAAGUGAGCUUAUUACACACGUGGAAACAGAGGCCCCAUCUCAGAACAUGAAUCAGCAUGUGUAUUUUCUGAAAAGUGCAGUUGUUUUCUGAAUUACGCUUGAAGAAGUGCUUAUAUUUCGGACAUAUCUUGACAUUUCCCGCUGAGAAAUAUACACCACUGAACCUUAAUAAUGCAAACAAAGGACUCAGAAAUCCAUACGCCUGUGUCCACAUCCUAAUUUUAAAGUUUAUUUUCCUGAAAUGCGAAAUCCGUACCAUGGAUUGUUGGACACGUGUCACCCUCAUGUGUCAGUGUUCGAAAACAUUAUCAGCGAAUUUUAUUGGGGCAAAGUGAUCUUAUUGGAUGAUUCAAGAUACUCCCCUAGCGCUGUUUUCAUGUUGGGUGACAUGAACUCUGCCGGCCGUCUCUUGGUAAGUGUGGCUUCUCUUUUCAUUCAGAGACAGCUGACCUUCACGGAUGUGGCCAUAGAUUUCUCUCAGGAGGAGUGGGAAUGCCUGGACCCAGAUCAGCGGAAAUUAUACCUGGAUGUGAUGUUGGAGAACUAUGGCAACCUGGUCUCCGUGGCUAUGUCAUCUGAAGAUGCCCAGGCCUUUUUCCUAAAGCCCAGAAUUCAAGAUUUAUUCUCUGAAAUUAUACUGGUAAGAUAUAAAAGGUGUGGUUUUGAUAAUGUACACUUAAUGAAAGCCUUGGAAUUUGAGCAUGAAUGGGAAAAUGGAAAAGACUUUAGUCAGUCCUCAGGAUCUACUCAACAUCAUAGAUAUCAUACAGAAGAAAAGUCUUAUAAAUGUUCAGAAUGUGGCAAAGCCUUUGGCCGGCCAUCAGUGCUUAUUCUUCAUCAGAGAAUUCACACUGGAGAGAAACCUUACAAAUGUAGAGAAUGUGGCAAAGCUUUUAGCCAGUCCUUUCACCUCAAUCGUCAUCAGAUUAUUCAUACUGGAAAGAAGCCUUAUAAAUGUACAGAAUGUGGCAAAGCCUUUAGCCAGUCCUCCUUCCUUAAUCGUCAUCAGAUUAUUCAUACUAAAGAGAAGCCUCAUAAAUGCACAGAAUGUGGCAAAGCAUUCAAUACCUCAGCAGCCCUUAAUCGUCAUCGAAGAGUUCAUACUGGAGAGAAGCCAUAUAAAUGUAGAGAAUGUGACAAAGCCUUUAGCCAACACUCAACCCUUACUCUUCAUCAGAGAAUUCACACUGGAGAGAAACCUUACAAAUGUAGAGAAUGUGGCAAAGCUUUUAACCAGUCCUCCUUCCUUAACCGUCAUCAGAUUUUUCAUACUAAAGAGAAGCCUCAUAAAUGCACAGAAUGUGGCAAAGCAUUCAAUACCUCAGCAACCCUUAAUCGUCAUCGAAGAGUUCAUACUGGAGAGAAGCCAUAUAAAUGUAGAGAAUGUGACAAAGCCUUUAGCCAACACUCAACCCUUACUCGUCAUCAGAGAAUUCACACUGGAGAGAAACCUUACAAAUGUACAGAAUGUGGCCAAGCGUUCAGGCAGUCUGCAACCCCUAAUCGACAUCACAGAGUUCAUAGUGGAGAGAAGCCGUCUAAAUGUAGAGAAUGUGGCAAAACCUUUAGCAUGUCCUCCUCCCGUAGUCGUCAUCAGAGUAUUCAGACUGGAGGGAAGCCUUAUAAGUGUACAGAAUGUGGCAAAGCGUUCAGGCAGUCUGCAACCCCUAAUCGACAUCACAGAGUUCAUAGUGGAGAGAAGCCGUCUAAAUGUAGAGAAUGUGGCAAAACCUUUAGCAUGUCCUCCUCCCGUAGUCGUCAUCAGAGUAUUCAGACUGGAGGGAAGCCUUAUAAGUGUACAGAAUGUGGCCAAGCGUUCAGGCAGUCUGCAACCCUUAAUCGACAUCACAGAGUUCAUAGUGGAGAGAAGCCUUAUAAAUGUACAGAAUGUGGCAAAGCGUUCAGGGAAUCUGCAACCCUUAAUCGACAUCACAGAGUUCAUAGUGAAGAGAAGCCGUAUAAAUGUAGAGAAUGUGACAAAGCUUUUAGCCGACACACAAACCUUAGUAAUCAUCAGAGAAUUCACACUGGAGAGAAACCUUAUAAAUGUAGAGAAUGUGGCAAAACCUUUAGCGACUCCUCAAACCUUACAGCACAUCAGAGAGUUCACACUGGAGAGAAGCCCUAUAAAUGUAGAGAAUGUGGCAAAGUCUUUAGCCACUCCUCAUCCCUUACUUAUCAUCAGAGGGUUCACACUGGAGAGAAACCUUAUAAAUGUAGAGAAUGUGGCAAAGCCUUCCGUGUUAUAUCAUUACUUACUUGUCAUCAGAGAGUUCACACUGGAGAGAAGCCUUAUAAAUGUAGAGAACGUGGCAAAAGAUUUACCAGCUUCUCCAACUUUACAAAGCACCAGAGCGUUCACACAGAGAAACCUUACAAAUGUAGAGAAUAUGGCAAAGCCUUUAGCCAGUCCUCAUCCCUUGUUAAGCAUCAGAGUGUUCACACUGCAGAGAAAAUUUGUCCAGGUAAAUGUAUAAAAUGUGGCAAAUCCUUUGGGAGCUCCUCAGGUCUUGCUAAGCAUCAGAGUUCAUUCUGGAGAUAA